CGAGACUAAAAUAUAAAAACGACAAUUUUAAUGCAUGACAUAUGCUCCAGCUAUUCGACCGUGUUUCCAGUCGGUGUAAAAGAGACGGUGGACACUAUCACACCAAUCACAAGCUGGCUUUCAAAUACCAGCCAAUAGAAAGUCAGACAUAGGAGAGAGAGGCGGUCGUGUUUGGGUUUUGUUUUCAGACAGGUGUCGCAUGCAAACCUAAGUCUUCCUAGCUAAUAUUUCAGAGAUUAUUUGAAAUUUACCUAGUUCACAAGUAUAAACAACAUCGGACUGAAAAAUGAAUUGUCCGCCAUCGAAAAGGGUUUAUGCCGAUUUGCCCAUAUGGAUCGUAGAAGAUCACUGUGAUGUGGUAAGUCCUAUAUAUCGGGCUAUAGCAUCAAGGCACUUGCCGCUGAAGAACAUCAAGAUGGUCCAUCUGGAUUCCCACCCAGACCUCCUCAUACCUGUCAAUAUGCCUGCAGAUACUGUGUUUGACAAGGACUCCUUGCUCAGUGAGCUGAGCAUUGAGAACUGGAUCAUGCCCAUGGUAUAUGCUGGGCAUGUGUCUCACGUGGCAUGGCUCCAUCCCUACUGGGCACAGCAGAUCAAGGAAGGCGAGCACUCCUUUUCUGUGGGGAAAGACUCCUCCACAACCACCAUCAGAGUUACAAGUAAGGACGAUUACUUUUUAAGUGACGGCCUGUAUGUUCCUCAGGAUCAGCUGGAGAAUCCUAAACCUCUGGGACUGAGUGUUGUCUUAGUGAACCCUGUGGCGUGUUGCCAGAGGGAAGACAUGGGAAGGGACAUUGAGAAGAGCUCUGCCAAAAGACCCAGGAUAGAGAACAAGGGAGCUGGGGAUUUGAAUGAUGCUCAACCCUCUGCUUCAGCUUCCAAGUCUGAAAGCAGCUCUAGUAGCUGUGAUGACAGUGUUCAGCCACCAGGUGGCAGUAUAACCCCAGGGAGCAGCAGCAAUGGCAACAACAGAGAAGAGGAAAAGGAACCACUCAAAAAGCCUUGUUUGAAGACUGACAAGGAUGUGGGUUCAAUGACCUACGCUGUGAACAGCCUUCUCUCCGUUAUCAAACAAACUGAUCCAUACAUACUUGACAUCGACCUUGAUUUUUUCUCUUGUAAGAAUCCUUUCAAGGAGAUGUAUACACAGGAUGAGUACAAUAUUCUACAGGAGCUAUACAGCUUCAGGAAACCUAGAGAAGACCCAGAUGAGGAGGAGUUGACAGAGUGUGUGGAGAGACGUAUCCGGCAGCUGGAGGAUCUGGAGGCAGCAUUUGCAGACCUGGUGGAGGAUGAUAGUGAGGAGACAGUCAAGCGCUGGGCUGCCAACCCUGGGAUGACCUCUUUGGUAAAACUGGUGGGAAGCCUGCGGAGUCGAAACGAGGCCCCUGACUACGAAAUGGUGCACCAGGCGGGGCUGACCUGUGACUACUCGGAGCUGCCCCACCACAUCAGUAGUGAGGAGGAGGUUGAGAGACUGGUCCUGGCAGUGGAGCUCGUCCUGGAGGCCCUGCCGAAGCCCACCCUUGUCACUGUCUCCAGAUCCAGUCUGGAUGAGUACUGCCCAACUGAACAGGUAAACUCCAUCCAGAGUAGGAUACUAGCCGUCCUGGAGUCUUUAUAUGGCUCAUUGGAUGUCCAUAAGGAGUACGAGACGAAACCAGAGGACAACCUGCCCAAGGCAUCAUGAUACAAAUCAUCCUCAUUUGUGAUGCAUCCAUCAAAUGACUGACUUUCACUCAGAAAUCAUGCACUGGUGUCAGUGUGAGGAUUCAGCCUGAAGAUACACACAUUACUGACUUUCACUCAGAAAUCAUCCACUGGUGUCAGUGUGAGGAUUCAGCCUGAAGAUACACACAUGACUGACUUUCACUCAGAAAUCAUCCACUGUUGUCAGUGUGAGGAUUCAGCCUGAAGAUACACACAUGACUGACUUUCACUCAGAAAUCAUCCACUGGUGUCAGUGUGAGGAUUCAGCCUGAAGAUACACACAUGACUGACUUUCACUCAGAAAUCAUCCACUGGUGUCAGUGUGAGGAUUCAGCCUGAAGAUACACACAUGACUGACUUUCACUCAGAAAUCAUCCACUGGUGUCAGUGUGAGGAUUCAGCCUGAAGAUACACAGAUGUACUAGUUCAUUUGAAAGGCUUUAAGUUUAAAGUAUGAAUUAAUGGUUGAAAAUCAAGAUAGCAUGUCUACCUGCUCCUGUUAUUUUAGUUUUUCCUCAGGUAGGCAGGUGUAUCAAACAUAUCUAUAUAUCCCAUGACCAUUGUUACUGAUACUGUACAAUUUAAUGAGGACAGUUUUUAUCAUUUGUGUUCCAUUACUUGUUUGAUACUUUCUUGCCCAGUCCAGACAAUUUCAUAUGCAGGCAUAAUUCACUAAGUGAAAAUUUGACUAUGGAGCCAUUUUACACUAAAUGCAGUGAUUGCACUGGCAAAUUGUUCAACUGUAUCUGUCGGAAUUUUUCAUUUAAAUUAAUAUUAAUUUUAUUUUUAUUUCCCUUUGCUCAUUUCGCAAAUCUUUUCCAUAGAUGCAUCCCUUCAAUACAAUCUGAGGAAGUGCUGAGGACUCUUUUUUUUAAAAUAUUUGUUUUAUUAGUUUUUUUCUACUUCAAAGCAGCAAAUGAGUAUGAUUAGAUCCUAUCCUACCCCACCCACUUCGGUUUGUUUGCUCCCAUUGCCAGUUGCUUAGCAACUCUAUUCAGUACUGUCACAUUUUCAUCUCACUGUUUGUACAAAUGUAUAAAUAGAUUAUUCUCUCGGUCAAGACUAUUACAUAUUAUUACAAAACUUUAAUGUCUUGGCUGUCAAUGCAGAGUACAAUUUGUCCCAACUACAACACUGUCAUUUUGAGUGUACAAGAAUACCUAUUCAUGGUUGUACAUGAAUAUAUGAAACUUAAUUUAAUGUUAUUCUCA